ACAUGCCCGGAGGCAGAGGAAGAAGUAGCAAAGCGCGAGAGGUGUCAUCCUUCGUCUAAUUUUGUGGCUGCGAUUCCAGAUUCAAGGCGAGGGUUGUGAAUCUGCGGCUGCCGUCAGCACGACUGGAAGCAGUUAUGGCGAUACCACCGUCCAGUGCCGAUUACUCAAAGUUGCGGCCGGGCCAGAGAAUCGAGGCAACCACCUACCAGCUGCGGGUGACCAGUCCUUCGAGACCAAGGUCAGCUUCUGCAGACGGGCGAGAGGGUAACUCAUUUUCGACGGAUAUUCGAGUACAACGCAGCCCUUCGAGUGAGGCGCGUUGGCGCCGAAAGGCUCAAGAAGUAAUCUACCGACCCCCUUCUGAUGAAUACGCAGCAACGUCUAACGAGGGCGGACAACAAGGUCCCAGAGCACAAAAUGUACCACGGGUUCAUGGCGCUUUCGAAGAGCAAGGAUUCGCCUGGCAGCAUAAAUUAGGCGAUCCGUCACAAGUGCAACGGACGGCAAGCGGAACAGUAUUACGAGCCUCGACACCGACCGGACACGAGACUCCAAGUGUGCGGACACUGACUACAGGCGCGCAUCCUUACGCCAUGCAACGCACUGCAAGUGGGACGUUGAUAGGGCCAAUGACACCAAGUCAGGAACAGUAUCCCCUAGUGUCGCAAGCGCCUACAGAUAUACGAACAUCAGUUACAGUAGGCGACAAUGACGAGGUAUCAAUUUACGUGCAACUGCGUCGAACGACAAGCGGAGCAUUACUAACACCGGUGAGGUCGGACCGUCAAUACCCAGGACAACAGUUGAUGCAAACUCCAAGUGGAACCGUUUUGGGACGAAUGACUCCUGCUGAAGAAUAUCCAGGUGGACAGGUACUUCGUACUCCAAGCGGGACACUUUACGGAGCCAUGAUUCCAGGCCCUCAGUUCCCGGGGCAGCGUCUAAUGCGGACGCCUAGCGGAGUUAUGUUGGCUCCUUACAUUCCAGGUCAACAAUAUCCAGGACAACCAUAUGUGCGUCCUGCACUGCCACCAAGGAGUCCUUCCGCACGUUACUUUGUCCAACCACCCUAUCGAACGCCUAGCGGUAGAAUGUUACAUCCAGUGAGUCCCGGCCAGCAAUUUGUGCGGGCACCAAGUGGAAUAGUAGGACCCACGCGUGCAUUACGGCCGUACCCUGCUCCAGGUCGGCAUUUCGGACGUCCACCAAUGGGAGUAAUGAUGCGACCGAUGGGUCCUCCACCUUUCCGCGGGGCUCCACCGUACCGAACUCCAAGUGGAAGAGGUAUAUUACCACCGAUAACCCCACCUCAGCAGAUUCCACCGAGUCAACUAUUUCGUUCGCCUAGUGGAACAAUCUUAGCCCCUUACAGCCCAUCAGGCACACUUCCUGGUCAUCCACUAAGAACGUCAAGCGGAACGUUGCUGACUCCAGUGAGUCCGUCAGCACAAAUGCGUCAGCAGUUUCCACAAAGUGGGACAAUCUUAGCACCAGUUAGCCUGCCUCCUGGUUUACCACCACCGCGCAGUCCAAGCAGAGUACCUUCCGGACAAGCGUCACCUUCUAUGCAAUACAUGACUCGCCAAGUCGGGCAUUUGCCAAUCCGAGGUCCCGGUGUCCCCAGUCAAUCAAUGUUCGGUACGUCUUCACUCGGACCCUCAAUCUCUGGAUCUUCCGUGGCGACAAGAGCGGGAUUCGGACGUGGGACUCCAUCGCAGGUAUCCGUCGGCGGUGCACCGAGGGGAAGUUUCGCGCAACCGCGGACGCCUACUGGAUUUGUCACAAGAACACCAGUCCAAGGAAGUGUACGCACUCGGGCUCCACUGCCUGGACAGAUGCCAUGGCGUAUGAAUCAGCCUCGGGGUGGAACUCCUGUUCAGCGGUCGCCAGAAAGAGCGCCCUUGGCACCUGGUUCCGGGCAAAUGAGUCCUAAGACUACGCUUAGUCCAGCUACUUUGGAUACCCUUCGUAAGCACCGCAAGUCGCGGCUUAUGCUGCUGGAAUGGAUGGUGCUUUGGGUGUUCAUUGUGACGUUGGCUGUCAUCCUACUGGCCGUCCUGGUAGUUGUUGCCUUUACCCAAACCCGUCUUAAUGAAGGAGAAGAGCGGGGUCUCGAGCUGCUCCACAAGUUGACAAAGCAGCGUUACAAAGUGAACGACAACAUCGAGAAGGAACUGAUCAAGUGGCCAAGCGAAAAGAACAUCAGGUCGUACCUUAAAGAACUGUCGAAGAAUGCUCACUUAGCGGGGACAGCAGCCGGUGCCGCAGCUUCCCAAUAUGUCUUGGCAAUUUUCAAGAGCCAACAUUUGGACGACAGCCUUAUGGAACGCUUUUCGGUUUUCCUUUCGCUGCCCAGUGAUGAACGGCCAAACAGGGUUGGGGUCAGGAAAAGUGCCAAUAAAUGGCAUCCGUUAUCGUCGCGCGAAAAGGAAAUUCCAGGAACCGCGGACGCCUUCAGCAUUCCUUUCAAUGCAUACGCACCCAAUGGUACGGUAUCGGCGAAAAUAUUCUACUGCAACUACUGUCUCAAGGGGGACUUCAAGAAACUAGAGGAGAUGAAGAUUUCACUGUUGGGGAAGAUUUGCCUUUGCCGGUAUUCCCCACUUGUGAGUCCAGGCACAGCCAUGCGGUACGCCGAACAUGAGAACCUAGUGGCCGUGGUCUUCUUCCUGGAUCCUGCCGACGUGGCGCCGGACAGCGGCAAACCCGUAUAUCCGAAUAACUGGUGGAUGCCUCCUUCUGCGCUACGGCGAGCCAACAUGCGUUCAGACACUCAUGUUGGAGAUCCGAGCACACGUGGCUAUUCCUCAAGACAAAGGUACACGAGCCUUCCGAGACCCCCGGUAAGCGACAUGAACCUGCCGGUUGCUUUAUCACAGCCCAUCAGUUCAGCAGCUGCGGCUAAACUUAUGGGGAUGAUGCAAGGUCAACCUUGUCCCCAGGGAUGGACUGCUAAACUCGACGUAACGUGCAACUUGGGAGACUCUACAGACACUAUAGUUCGUGUACACAUCAACAACAAGCUGCAGCUGAUGAACGUCGAAAACGUGUUGGGCUACAUCAGGGGAGCUACCGAACCAGAUCGCUACGUUGUCCUGGGAGUUCCUAUCGAUGCAUGGAGUGCGGGAGCGGUAAGCCCAGGAACCGCUACAGCACAAGCUUUAGAAGUAUCCAAUGUCAUGGGAAAUCUGGUGCACGAGAAGAAAUGGAGACCCAGGAGAACUAUACUGUUCGCUGCCUGGGAUGCACAUGAAUUUGGACAUAUUGGGGCCACAGAAUAUACAGAGGGAAUGCGGGAAUCGCUAAUAUCCAGAACAGUCCUGUACGUGAACUCCGAUAUAUGCUCUGCAGGCGGGAAAUUCAUGGUGUCUGGUUCACCCACGGUGGCAACGGCAUUUGAAGAAGCUACGAAAGUGGUACCCCACUACAGUUCCUCAAAUAUGAGCUACUACGACGUCUGGAAAGCUGACAAGAGAACCACGAGGGGUUCAAAAGGCAGACCACAGCUACCUGACCUACGUGGAAAUGGGGGCCAUCGACCGUUGGUUAACAUCGCUGGCAUUCCCUCAUUGGACGUUAGUUUCGGGAACAAUUAUACCGGGGAGCUUUACUACCCAGCCUAUGGAACGGGCUACGACACGUUCGACAUGGUGGACCACUUCACUGACCCAGGCUUCAAGGUGCAGAAGAUGUGUACUCAGCUGAUAGCCGUCAUUCUGAGAAUGUGGGCAGAUGCGGACAUCCUCCCGUACGACAUUAAACGGCUUCGAAGCGUCAUCCACACAACCUUUGAGGACAUCCGACAGAGACACGCGGACACCUUGAAUAGGUUUCACAUUGACACCGAACUUGUCCGUGCGGCAAUCGUCAACUUCGGCAAAAAAAUCGACGAUUUCUGGAAGCAUAUUAGCACACGACAAAGCGAUGACCCAAUCAUGACACGCCAACUGAACGACAAAAUUAUGCACGUUGAGCGCAUUUUUGUGCGGGACAUGCCCGGAGAAUCUGGAAUGUCAAGGAAUAUCAUGUUUGGCUGGUCCAGCGAUGACCCACGAAGAAUGAUGUUUUUUCCUGUCCUCGAAGAGUGGCUUUCCCGACAGGAAGACUCCACAACGGAUUUCUCAGAGAGCAUCAACAUGCACAUGACUCAGAUCGCCUACGCGCUCGAUCAAGCCGCAGAAUUCGUGAGCGUCAACCGUCCUUACUGAACCAUCUGCGUAAUCAAGCUUUUUGAGACGCGCUGGAAACCACCUCUGCUAGCAAUAAAAAAUGUGCAUCUGUUUCAAACUGA